GCUUAAUAUUUACUGUUAGUUUCUUCAACAUUUACUUUUAAACAAUGCAAGAAAAACAGAUUACUGACAAUAUGGAAGGACAUGAGUAAGGCAUGUACUGUAAGACUUAUGAAGGACAAGGUGAUCCAGAACUAUGCAGCCCCAAGUGGUUCGUGUUUUGAUGUUCCUGCUUUGCUGUAGCAUGAUUUAUAUCGUAAUUUGGACCAACGUGCCGGAAACAUUGCACAGUAAGGCAAAAAGUUCCCAACGGAUCGAUAUUCUUGGAAGGAAAAUCGAUUCCUUUUUUUGGCAAAGUGGAGAUGAAAUCCCAGAGGAGCUUCUAAGAACCACUGUGGAUGUUCCUUUGCUGAACUCGUCUCCACGCUCGCGGAACACAAAAGGAUUGCUGGAGAAUCUCGUGCCUUCAAACGCGACAAAGAUCAAACAUCUUCUCCACCUGACACCCAUUCCCAUACUCUACAAGAAGGAUUUCAAAAAGAUGCCCAAAUGGGACUUCGAGGAUGUUUAUAUGCGGAGCGGUGAAGCACCACGGCAGCAGGUCUGUUCAAAGUCUCUCCAGAACUCUAAAGACAGAGAGCUUCAGGACACUGUACUGUGGAACAUCCAGCUUUGGUUUUACAAAGACCUUCUCAAUUUGAGCGAAUGGAACAGACUGGCACACUUCAACAAUCCGUUUGGGUUUAUGGAAUUUAAUUAUACUGGCAUUAAAAGAUCAGUGGAUUUGAUCCCGAAGCCUAAACACAAUCAGCUUCUCCAAGUGCCAAAUGGAUCCACAGAUGGAUGUAUCCGCUGUGCUGUGGUGGGCACCGGUGGCAUUCUGUACGGCUCUAAAAGGGGCAAAGAAAUCGACUCUCACGAUUAUGUCUUCAGAGUGAACGGAGCUGUCACUAAAGGCUUCGAGGAAGAUGUCGGAAAUAAAACCUCUGUGUAUGUGCACACGUCAUUCUCCUUAAUCCAGUCUAGUUUAAUACUGAGGAAUCAUGGCUUCAACCGAGCUCCACGUGAUGAGGGGAUUAAAUAUGUACUGAUUCCGGAGGGUCUUCGAGAUUUCGUGUGGCUGGAAGGCCUCCUGGAGAAAAAAAGGCUAACUAACGAAGAAUACAGAGGUCACAGGCCACAUACCUACUACAGCGACCCGCUCCGAGAGGACCGAUUUUACGUCCUUCACCCAGACUUCCUAAGAUACAUUCGCAACAGAUUCAUGCCAUCCAGAACUCUGGAUAAUUCGUACUGGUCUUUUUACAGACCGACCAACGGAGCAUUCGCAUUGUUCUUAGCUCUUCACACAUGCGAUAUCGUGGAUGUCUAUGGAUUCAUCACUGCAAACCACAGCAAAUACUCCAACUAUUACUAUGAUAGAAACACGAAAACCAGUGUUGUUUUUUACCUCAAUCACGACUAUAACCUGGAAAUGAAAACAUGGAAGAAGCUGCAUAAAGCUGGAAUCAUCAACCUUUACCAAAGAGAGGAAGAACUAAAUCAGCCUUAAUGUGAUUUAAUAAACUUUUUUCUAUACUUUUUCUAUAACAACUUUUUCUUUCGGCUUCUCCCAUUAGGGGGCGCCACAGCGGAUCAUCCGUCUCCAUACCCCCCUGUCCUCUACAUCUGCCUCUUUCAAACCAACUACCUGCAUGUCUUCCCU